AUGCUAUUAGAAGACGAAAGCGAAAUGAGAUUUGUGAGAGACGUGGGACGUAUUGCGCGUGCAUUCGAUAGACACCGGUUUCGCUAUUAUGAUAAGGAAAAAUUUUUCGUACAAUGUAUCGCCAAUAUAAAAGAAAACGAACUCGUAUAUCUGUCGAACUUGUUAAACCCUGUAGAAUGUUUGCAACUUGUACAAGCUAUAUACGAAGUAACUCCGAUGAAAACGGAACGUAGGGUGAGAAAGUAUGAAACUUUAAUGAAUAAAGAUUACACUGGAAUGUCGACAUUGUCGAAAGAAUGUCUUCUUAAUCUUGAAGAAUGGAGCCAAGAUUUUCCAACAAAUGCGAGACCAAAUGGAAGGAUAACGAUGGAAAUGAUAUUAAGAUGGUUAGGACGACCAGAUUUGGCAAAGUAUGUGAGAGAAAAUCGCAGUAUUGACUACUUCGAUACAGAGAAUUUAGCAGAUACGUUAGAAUUUCCAGGACACAGAGUGUCGAAAAGGUAUACCCCGGAAAAGGAUAAAAAUGCACAAGCUCAUAAAAAAAAAAAGAAGAAAAAGAAAAAGAAGAAGAGAAAGCAGAAAAAUUCUAACGCACAAAAUAAAAAAGUUGGAAAAGCAGUUGCAGCAAUGGGAGCACAUGCUAAAGUUAACAAGAAUCAUCGUGAGUUAAAAAAGAAAGAUGAUCGUCAUUCAAGACAGCCUAAUAAUAAUAAUAAUAAUUACAUCGCACACACAUCGAUGUACUGUUCAAUUUUACUUAUUCUAUUCUUUAUUACCAUUUGCCUUGUCGCUGCCUACUACUUUUACAAACGAAAUAGUACGAAGGCACGUGGUACGCGAUUCAAGCAUAUGCGGCGACCCAAAGAGGACAAAGAUACCUUCACCGAUUAUUUGGAAUGGAAAGACGAAAUUAUUUGUUCGUGUACGGACAUGGAGGACUAUUGCACGGGAGAAUGUUCAUGCAAAGAAAAUGAUUAUAAACAUCACGUAGAUCGUCGAAGUAGUAGCAGUGACGAUUCUGUCAAAGAAUUGAAUUUUGUGGUGCGUAAACCGAAAAAGAAAGAAAAGAAAAGAAAACGAUUUACCUUUUUCCAAAGCUCUUCUCAAAAUAAGAAGAAGGAAAAGGAACAGGAAUAUCGGGAUAGGAAGAAAAUUUUGGAAAAUAUGAUGAUGAAGAAACAUGAAAAACUAUUACCAAUGCUUCCAAACGAUGUAUGUUGUAAAUGUUGUAAAUGUACUGUGUAUAUUAGAGAUAAAAUAUUACGUGAAAAGAAAGCGAAAGAAAAGAAAGCAAGGAAAAAGAAGGAAAAAGAAGAAAAGAGAAGGAAAAGGGAAAAAUUGCGAAAAGAACUACGUGCAAAUAAUGUAUGUUUCAAAGAGACGUGUAAAUAAACUAUUGCUUGAUUUGCUAAUUA